CGAGACUGAGAGCAGGUAAGACUUCUCACUACUUCUCACUUCUCAGGUUUCAGUUUCUGCUUUCAACACGGAGCUCACCUUCACGCAUGAUCCUGAUCUUUACUUUUUGGAGCUAGUGAACCGUAGAAAUGGCGUGAAACCUAAACCUUUUCUUUUCUUUUCUAUUCAGAAAGGAAAGAAGUAGUUUCCGACAUAUAAUACCUGAAAGAAAAAGUCCAAAAUGGAGUGUCUACGAGCUCGAAAUUUCGCAGCAAUGGCUGUGUUUUCAUGCCCUUCGGGAAGGUCCAGGAGAAGAACACUGAGAACAACUAAACGCGGAGGUCUUUCAGAGAAACGAUGUCGUUUCUAUCAAGUGAAAGCAAGCAGUGCAGGGAGCUAUAGUUGUGUGGCCAUUAAAGAAGAAUUUGCUGAUGAAGAAGAUUAUGUAAAGGCUGGUGGCUCCGAACUUGUUUUUGUUCAAAUGCAGCAGGACAAGGCCAUGAAGAAGCAGUCUAAUAUCGCCCAUAAGGUUUCUUUCUCUCGCUCUGUCGAAGAUCUUGGGCUUGAAGGAUGCAUUGAGCAUGUAUGGCGGGAUACAAUAGCAUAUCUUGAUGACGAUGAUCCUGUUCUUAUUGGUCGUGCCUAUGGACGAGUUAGUGGGCAUUUGUUCCAUCAAGAGUUGUUGAGGAGGUGUGUCGAGUCAGGUGUUUUGUAUCUUAGAAUCAUUGAAGCUGCUGAUGGUCAUAGUCUUGUAGCAUGUGAACCUGAUAUGUUAUUUCCUAAAGCUUCGGGAAAACUAUUGCAGUAUGAAGUGGGGGGUCCUCAGGUUUCUGUCCAAACAGCUUAUGAUGUGGAGGUCGAGGUGGAAAACAAUCCAUAUGAUCCUAGUCUGAUGGUCCUUAUGGGUUACAGGGACUACAUUUAACAGAAAGUUCCCUCUUCAGAAUCUGAAUAUUCAACAUUUCUUUAUGUCAUGCCCAUGUCAUCAACAAGAGUUUUCCUUGAGGUAAGUUCAAAUGGAUUUAUCAUAACAAUUAUGUGAAAAAUAUUUAUGGGUGAUACAGUACUCUGCAGGAAACUUGUUUGGCCUCCAAAGGUGCUAUGCCUUUUGACUUGUUAAGGAGAAAACUCAUGUCAAGGUUAGAGACAAUGGGAAUUCGAAUUUUAAAAACCUUUGAAGAGGUAAGCUUCAUAAGCAAAACUGCGAUGUCUUCCAAGCAGAUGCGGCAGGGAUUCCUUGGUUCUACUAUGUCCUUAGCUGAUCUCAUACUAUUUGCCCUCUAUAUGUUUGUUAUUGCACCAAAUGAUAUGAGAAUGUGCCUUGUUAGGCAUCUGCUUUCUCAUCCCACUGGAGCAACCAUGAUAAGAACUUACCUCACAGUAUAGGCCUCAUCCUUUAUAUUUCUUCCCUUGUUUGGUCUAUUUUUGAAUUGACAUAUAGAAACACGAGGAUCCCCUUCACGUCUGAAAUAUUAGGUUUUUAGAUGCAUUUUGAUUGUAUAUUCCAUCACUUGGUAAAGAUAAUGACAAUAUUGUUGUUUCUAUUCCUUCAA